AUGUUCGGUCAUCACGGACUCAAAGGUUGGUUACUAUUCGAGGAUAGAUUGACAAAAAAUGGGAAAUAGUUUAGAAAAAGAAGCGGCUCAGAACCCUGACAAAUCCGACGACAAACUGAUUCCGAUCGAGAAUCAUCACGAAAUUGCUCAAUUUUUCGACGAUCCAGGAUUUGAGCCUAAACAUUUGGCUCUUUGGGGAGAAAACCAUGUUUUUGUUUCGAGGAAACCGAUGAAAGACGCUAUCAAAACGUCUUCAUAUACAAACAUUGCAUACGGAUCUCUUACAACGUCUGCUGCACGGAUACGCCUCUACAAAGCCAUGAAAGCGAUUGGACCGGAAAAUCUUAUAUACUGUGACACGGACAGUGUGAUUUUCAAACAAAAACGAGGACGUAAUGUUUUGGGCGACUUGAUAGGAUCAGGACUCGGAAUGCUGACCAACGAAACACCUGCGGUCAGGGUCAACCAUAUCUUGCCCGCCUACGGAUAA